AUGGCCGGACCUGGAGGUGGACCCCCUCGUAGGAGUCAUACCAAGUCUCGAAAGGGUUGUGAAACCUGCAAACGUAGACACAUUCGUUGCGAUGAGAAUUUUCCUCAAUGUCGAAACUGUACGAAACACAAUUGUCGCUGUCCAUAUAUGGACAUGCCAGUACAGGAGGAGCGAGCUGUAACCCCCGAGAAAGCAGACUUGUUAUGGACCCCAGAAAUCGAAGCAGAUGUCGAGCGUUGGCAACAGACCGGGAAUUUUCCCUUCCCUGAUUUAUACAUCUAUCCAGCCCCCAACCCUCAGUAUUUCAGCUUCGAAGACCUUCGUCUCAUUCACCACGUUGCUUCCGUUUCCAGUGAGCUCAGCACCCAUGAUGCCGGUAAUUUCACCAUCUGGACUCGACAGAUCCCACUCCUGCUCAAGAUUGGCUCGAACUAUGCUUUCGUCAUGCAUGCCUUACUUGCCUUGUCCGCCACUCAUCUAGCUUGGUUGACAGACUGCCCUCUGACCGCAAACAUGGCAUACAUACAUCGUGGUAUUGCUCUUAAAGGCUUACACCACGCUAUCGGAGAGUUUUCAAGACAAAAUUCCGAUGCAGUUUUGGGUGCUUCUCUCCUCCUUUCUUGGCAAGCAACGGAUUGGCGUGGUUGGACCCAGCUGAUGCAUGGGACUUCAUCUGUCAUCGAUGCUAUGCAACCAUGGAAGAUGGAAUCUCAAUUCGGUGAUUUCAUUGCAGAGCAGAGUACGUUCCCGACCGCACCACCGUCUCCAGCGCCUGGCCAGAAAAAACUCAGUCAACCACGCAAGCAAGACUUGGACGCACUGCAACGAGCCUAUGCCCAACUUCAAAAAGUCGAAGUCCAUUUGAAAAGUAACGGCGAAGACACCAAAGCUGUUCAGCAGCUCAUGAGUUUUGUUCGAGGUGUCCGAAAGGUGUCUCCAUCCCAUACCGCCGCUCAGCGAUUCGAAAUGCUCAAUCCACUCCGAGCUUGGUUGUUCUGGCUACCGGUCAUGUUUCUGCAGCAAACGCGAGGAUCCCCUUCGGCAUUGGUCAUUCUUGCUCACUACUACACGAUCGCUUUGGUUGUAGAACCUCUUUUCCCCGAAGUUGGUGCCGCCUACUUUGGUAGUCUGUCUUUGGGCCCUAUCGAAGAAAUCGCUCGUCGACUUUUUUCGAUCAAUGUCUCCCAGACUUCCGAUUCUGAUAUGCAAACUCCUCUUCAUCUCAUGGAGUAUCCCAUCGAUAUGGUAUCAAAAUUUAGAAACCGCAUGGGUUGGGUUCAGCCAGAACGCACAGCAUCUUUUCCAACAUUUUCACAUAUUGAUUAUGGCAUGGAGGACAAUUUCAAUACCGUUUCCCCGUAUGGAAAUCCUGCUUUCACCUACAGCCAAGAACACCUCAUGACCAUGCCUCCUGAUCCAAACUCGAUCACAGCCAUUCCUCCAUUGACUCUCGACCCAUACGCCAGUCACUACUUGGGAAUUCCAUCGCCUAGCGGGUUUGGUGGAUAUCACAGCCCGGCAUCUUCGAAUUUUGGGGAGGGUUCCACUGUCUACAGCGAACAUGGGGAUGAUUUUGCUCUUUAUGAGGGGCAGGGCUCUGGCUCUAAUUUCGGCGGGACCACAACAGCACCUUUUAUUAAAGUUGAGCCCAGGUCUUCUGUGGACUCAAUCAAAUUCGAACCUCAAUCUUCAGAUAAUAUGCAGCAACAUAUGCAGCACUUACCUCAGUUUCAACCUUAUACUUCUCAUCCUCAUCCUCACUCGCCAUACGACACUACUCCGGCGAAUCUUAAGGGAAAACGUCGCGAGCUUUAA